AUGAUUAUUCACGUUUUUGGGGCUGUUUUUGGAUUAAUUGCUGGUCGAGUACUUUUUACUAAAACAUGGAGAGACAGCGAACAUUUGGGGAGUGUUUAUCAUUCUGAUAUAUUUACUUUUGUUGCUACCGGCUUUCUCUGGGUGUUCUGGCCUUCUUUCAAUGCUGCAAAUGCAUUUGGAGCAGAUGCCCGUAAUCGUUCAAUUGUAAAUACAUACACAGCUUUAAUUGGUAGUACAAUUACUGCUUUUGUUGUUUCCUCUUUUUACAACAAAAAAGAGAAUUUCAACGUUCGCCAUUUGGUUAAUGCUCCAUUAGCGGGUGGAGUUGCUUUGGGUGCUUGUGCCAAUAUUCUUUUGGCACCUUUUGAUGCUUUAGCUAUAGGGGUUGUUAGUGGGGCUGUUGCUGUUUUUGGAUAUAUUUUUAUUUCUCCAAUCCUCGAAAAGAAAUGCGGAUUUAGCGAUACAAGGGGUGUUAAUAAUUUACAUGCAAUGCCCGGUAAUUGUGAAUUAAAAUUAUGA